AGUUUUAGUAACUGUAGUGUAUUCGCAUGGCUAUGGCUAUGGCGGAUAUGGAGGUGGAUAUGGGGGAUACGGUGGAGGUUAUGGAGGCUAUGGUAGAGGAUAUGGAGGCUACGGAGGCUAUGGAGGUUAUGGACGAUAUAGAGGGUAUGGAGGGUAUGGCGGUUAUGGCGGAUAUGGUGGAUAUGGCCAUGGUUAUGGCCGUUAAGGAUGCGACAAAAUACUUAAUGACCUGGUCUGUUUAUGCACAAAAGUACACUCUCACGCUAAGGGAAAAACUGAUUACAAAAGCAAUUAUAAAAGACCACCGCCGAACGAACCGCCCGAUCCGCCAAAGGAUCCGCCACCAAACGAUCCGCCGCCGCUUCCACCGCCUCCAUAGCCGGCACCGCCGCCACCGCCGCACUGCCGCCACCGCGUCCGCCACCAAAGCUACCGCCGGAACCGCCAAAACUACUGCCGCCACCAAAACUACUGCCGCCACCAAAACUGGAUCCGCCACUAAAUCCACCACCGCUGCCGCCCUUAAUUCCGUGUCCACCUCCGCCGCCGCUGACCUGACCUCUAUGCCCACCGCCACCGCUGACCUGUUGCUGCUGUACGUGUUGUUGUUGAGUGCGUCCCUCACCUCUGGCCACCACAGUAUGGAUCUCCUCCACGACCGGACGGAUCUCUUGCGUAAUACGCCUGAACGGUGUGAUCACUUCGUGCACCUCUUGGAUGAUAGGUUUGCUCACUUCGUGGAUCAGUCGCGUGGGCUCGUCCUCCGACUGCGUGUGCUCUGUCUCACCGCCGCCGCCGCCGCUCCGGGAGUUGAACUUGAGUAUGAGUGGCAAUUCGCCCGAAUCGAUCUCAAUCACCUGCGGCUGACCCACCGAGUCCUGCACCUGUACGGGCACUGUCGAGAUGCGGUGCGUCCGGUGGACCGCUAUAUUGAUGGGUCCGCUCCCACUGUAGGCCUCACCGCCGCUGAAUUCGCCGAAACCCUGAAACCCCAUCGAUCCCCCGCCGCCGCCUCCACUGUGACCGCCACCACCUUUGCCUCCACCGCCGCCACCGCUGACUACUCCACCGCCACCGCCGUAACCGCCACCACCUCUACCGCCGCCAAAGCUACCGAAACUGGAUCCGCCACCACUGCUAAAACUUCCGCCACCACUACUGAAGCUUCCACCACCAUAUCCGCCACCACCGCCGCCGCCCCCUCCGGAGCUGAUAAACCCUCCGCCACCACCGCUACCACCUUUGAUUCCACCGCCGCCUCCGCCACUAUACCCGCCGCCUCCCGAGGCACUUACGCUAAGCAUGGCGGCAGCGGUGGUGGAUUUAGUGGCGGAUCCAGUUUUGGUGGAGGCAGUAGUUUUGGUGGCGGCAGUAGUUUUGGCGGUUCCGGCGGUAGCUUUGGUGGCGGACGCGGUGGCGGCAGUGGCGGCGGUGGCGGCGGUGCCGGCUAUGGAGGCGGUGGAAGCGGCGGCGGAUCGUUUGGUGGCGGAUCCUUUGGCGGAUCGGGCGGUUCGUUCGGCGGUGGCUUUCAGUCAUCCGGCGGUGGUUUCAAAGGAGGCUCAGUCGGAGGCGGCGGAGGAGGAAAGGGUGGUUACGGCAGAGCUUAA